GGUUACAGAUGGUACAGUUGACAAAUGAUGGUUACAGAUGGAAGUAGAUGGUACAGGUAACAGACGAUGGGUACAGAUGGUAGUAGAUGGUACAGUUGACAAACGAUGGUUACAGAUGGUAGUAGAUGGUACAGUUGACAAACGAUGGUAACAGAUGGUACAGUUGACAAACGAUGGUAACAGAUGGUACAGUUGACAAACGAUGGUUACAGAUGGUACAGUUGACAAAUGAUGGUUACAGAUGGAAGUAGAUGGUACAGGUAACAGACGAUGGGUACAGAUGGUAGUAGAUGGUACAGUUGACAAACGAUGGUUGCAGGUGGUAGUACAUGGUACAGUUGACAAACGAUUGUUGCAGAUGGUAGUAGACGGUACAGUUGACAAACGAAGGUUGCAGAUGGUAGUAGAUGGUACAGUAGACAGACGAUGGUUACAGAUGGUAGUAGAUGGUACAGUUGACAGAUUAUGGUUACAGAUGGAAGUCGAUGGUACAGUUGACAGACGAUGGUUACAGAUGGUAAUAGAUGGAACAGUUGACAAACGAUGGUUACAGAUGGUAGUAGAUGGUACAGUUGACAAACGAUGGUAACAGAUGGUACAGUUGACAAACGAUGGUUACAGAUGGUACAGUUGACAAACGAUGGUUACAGAUGGAAGUAGAUGGUACAGGUAACAGACGAUCGGUACAGAUGGUAGCAGAUGGUACAGUUGACAGGCGAUGGUUGCAGGUGGUAGUACAUGGUACAGUUGACAAACGAAGGUUGCAGAUGGUAGUAGAUGGUACAGAAGACAGACGAUGGUUACAGAUGGUAGUAGAUGGUACAGUUGACAGAUUAUGGUUACAGAUGGAAGUAGAUGGUACAGUUGACAGACGAUGGUUACAGAUGGAAGUAGAUGGUACAGUUGACAGACGAUGGUUACACAUGGUAGUAGAUGGUAAAGUUGACAGGCGAUGGUUACAGAUGGUAGUAGAUGGUACAGUUGACAAACGAUGGUGACAGAUUGUAGUAGAUGGUAUAGUUGAUAAAAGAUUGUUACAAAUGAUAGUAGAUAGUACAGUUGACAAACGAUGGUUACAGAUGGAAGUAGAUGGUACAGGUAACAGACGAUGGGUACAGGUGGUAGUAGAUGGUACAGUUGACAGGCAAUGGUUGCAGGUGGUAGUAGAUGGUACAGUUGACAAACGAUGGUGACUGAUUGUAGUAGAUGGUACAGUUGACAGGCGAUGGUUGCAGGUGGUAGUAGAUGGUACAGUUGACAUACAAUGGUCGCAGAUGGUAGUAGAUGGUACAGGUAACAGACGAUGGUUACAGAUGGUAGUAGAUGGUAAAGUUGACAGGCGAUGGUUACAGAUGGUAGUACUGUAAAUUCAGAAAUUAUUGCGAGGUUUUUAUUAAUGCGAAUAAUGCGACUGUGUGAGUAUCACAA